UGUAUUUUCUCUCUUGAUCCUGUAUUUUCCUUUAUAAAAAGAUUUUCUUUUACCUUCUAUUAUCUCACUUACCAAACAGGAGGACAGUGAAGGAGCUCGGAGACUCAGACUCGUCCGAUUUACGCAGGGGUUCGUUCUCUUCAUCGACAAACCCCUCCCGAACCCUAAUAUCGGAUCAGGUCUGAGCAUUCUGGUUGUCAGGUUCUCUUUGAUCAAUCAGCCAAGGUUCAUGUCUGAGAUCGACGACCAGAUUCCCACUGCCUUCGACCCGUUUGCUGAGGCAAAUGCUGAGGACUCAGGUGCUGGAUCAAAAGAGUAUGUUCAUAUUCGCAUUCAGCAGAGAAAUGGUAGGAAAAGCCUGACUACUGUGCAGGGAUUGAAGAAGGAAUUCAGCUACAACAAAAUUCUUAAAGACCUUAAGAAAGAGUUUUGCUGUAACGGUACUGUUGUUCAGGACCCAGAACAAGGACAGGUGAUUCAACUUCAAGGCGAUCAGCGAAAGAAUGUAUCCACUUUCCUUAUCCAGGCUGGCAUUGUGAAGAAGGAACACAUCAAAAUACAUGGUUUCUGAGCUGCAGGUUCUCAAGUCUCUGCACAAUACAUACUCAUCUUUUGAGUCUUGUGUCAGUGUUAGUCAUGUUAUCUGAUAUCGAACAUAAAAGUGCAGCUAUAUGUGGAUCUUACAUAUGUUUGUGCUUCUGGUGUAUUUUUAGUAUUUAAGGACUUGUGAUGUGGAAUGAUAUCAUGGAAUAUGUGACGACUUCUCUCUUGAUACUAAUUAAUAUAAAUGAAUAUCUAGAAGACGUUGUGAGUAAUUA